AUGAUUUCCAGUUACGCCAAAAAGCACCACCGUAAGUUAAAACCGAAACCCGCACCAAGUCCAAACAACAGUAAUUAUUAUGAUUCGAAAACCUUUAAUGUGAUGGAUUACGGUGCCAAAGGCGAUGGCAAAACAGACGACACGAACGCGUUUAAAAAUGCCUGGUUAGAUGCCUGCAAAGCGGGAAAUUCAGAGGUAUUAGUUCCUGCUGAUUACACAUUUUUGUUGGGGCCACUGGACUUAUCAGUCCAGUGCAAUAACAUCAUUUUCCAGUUGAAUGGAAAUUUAUUAGCCUCCACAAGUUCCAGUGCCUGGAAAGGAAAUCUCUUACAAUGGCUGAAUUUCAGAUAUGUCACAGAUUUACGAAUUCAAGGCACGGGUCGAAUCGAUGGCCAAGGACUCGCUUGGUGGAAUAAAAAGAACGGGUUUUCAACUGCACCAACUGCAUUGAGAGUUGCUGAUGUGAAGGGCUCGACGGUUGUUGGCAUAAGCUUCGUGAACAGCGCGAAAGCACACUUGAAAUUCGAUAACUGUGAUGGGGUUUUAGUCGACACGAUCAGCAUUCAAUCACCGGGCGAAAGUCCCAACACGGACGGUAUCCAUUUGCAAAACUCGGUAAAUGUGGAAAUUCGAGAGAGCAAAAUCAGUAGCGGAGACGAUUGCAUAUCGAUACAAACGGGAUGUGAGAACGUAUUUAUAGACAGAGUUGCAUGUGGGCCGAGCCAUGGUAUAAGCAUCGGUGGAUUAGGAAAAAACGGGGAAAAAGCCACCGUCUCGGGUGUUAUUGUCCAGGACUCGACAAUCACAUCUUCCAUGACCGGAACAAGGAUUAAGACUUGGCAGGGCGGGUCGGGUGCGGUAAGCAAUGUGAGUUUCACGAACAUCCGAGUCUCGAAAGUCGACACGCCUAUAGUCAUUGACCAAUACUAUAGCGAUGAAGGGCACACUCAGAACAAGACUUCGGCUGUGGCUGUAACAGAUAUAUCAUUCGUCAAAAUUCAAGGCACGUAUAAUCAAAAAGCCGUUUCAAUUGCUUGCAGUGACAACUCGCCGUGCAAAGGUGUAACCUUGUCGAACAUAGGCCUCAACUCAGCAUCUUUAGAAACCGAAUCUCCACUUUGCUAUCGUGCGUAUGUUAGUGUAGAGGAUCCGGUCUCUCCUUCUAUUAACUGCAAGGGGUAG